UGGUUCAAUCUUCAGCAGCCUUUUUGAAUUUUAUCUGGCUUCGCAUGGGACUGUUUAUUUCGUACCAGGCGUUCCGUGUAGUCAGUCAGAUGAAAGGGCUGUAGGACAACCAUUAAUAGUUAAAUACGACCCAGGACAGUUGGCUGAAGUCUUUUAAGGUUGAAAGCCCCUUGAGAUAAAGGGUCAGCCAGCCAAGAUGACGAUUAACUUGGGUGUCAAGGCUCUUCUCGGCUGGGUCAACAGUAUAAAGCUGUCCGACCGAGAAUUAGCUAUGGACGAUUUACAAGAUGGCACAGUCCUGCUGAAAGUUGUUUAUAUGCUGAAAAAGGAACCAAACUCCUGUUUCAGCAAUUCCAUCGAGGGCAGGUUAAAGUUCAUUGCAGACUUUUUGGAGAGGGACGGCAGAUUCAAUGCAACCAAAGGCACUUCAUUGUCUUGGAACAACAUAAGAGAUGGCAUCAACCUAACAGUAGAAAUCUCAAAGGUGCUUUUGUUGCUCGUGUACCAUGACAUUAUGAAUGACCGCUGCACUCUGAGCAUGUUGAACUGCGAUGUGGAGCAAGAGAUAGCACACCUUACCAGCUCCUUUGUGAUGGAGAGCGAAGGCUGUGUUUAUCUGAGCAAUGGACUUGAUGCCUAUCUGGCAAGGAAACGUUUGCCUGCUGCCCGUGAAAUAUUUGAGCAAUCACCAACCACCUCUUCCUCCAACAUGUCGACUAUCUCCUCGAUCUCAGAUGACGAGUCCCCCAUGUUCCGCCGCACACAGAAAAUCACAUUUGUGGAUAUGAAAACUGUGGCUUCUUCCUCAGUCAGCACGUCUCCUCUGCAGGAUAUCAUGAACACACCUAAAUUUCAGUUGAGGAAGAUGCAACGACAGAUGAUCAAGGAGAGAGACUACAGAGAUGGGUUGGAGAGAGAGUUGGCCAGCAAGCUUGCACUUAUUGCACAAAGAGAGACCCAUAUUAACCAGUUACAGUAUCGCCUGGAUAAACUCAAAAAAGAACAAUGUGAUCAGGAGCAGGUUACCAGGGAGCAAAUCAAUGAGCUUGAGGCCAAGAACUCCACGUUACAAAUGCGUUUUAAUGAGAUGUUAAAGGAAAAUAAAGACUUCAAGAGUAACUCCUCGCUUAUGGAGCGCAAAGUGGAUGAGCUGUCGGAAGAAAAUGGUUUACUCUCUUCCCAGAUGAGAGGAGUGUGUUCGCAGCUGUCCAUCUUUGAGGCAGAAGUUACUAGGCUGACAGAAACUCAAGCAUCUACUCAGGAGGAGUGGAGAAACAGAACAUGCCACCUAGAGUCUGAACUCAACCAAGCAACAGCUCAAAAGGAGCUACUGACUGAACAAAUUCAGAUCCUCCAGGGAAAGAUUUCCUGUUUGGAGGAUGAAAUAAGCAGGGCUACAAAGGAAGAAGUAGGAGAGAAUAUGGGGCCUGUAAUGGAGAGAGAGAAGUUUGACACUGAAAUCAACAAUUUGAGGAAUGAGCUGGAGAGCACAUUUUGCUCCCUGAAAAAGGCCGAGGUGGAGAUUCAGUCCAAAACACAGCAGCUGACAGAGUAUCAGGAUGAAAUUACACAACAGAAAGAGAUCCUGAAGCAACACAAGUCCCAAACAGAAGAAAUUAUACAAGCCAAGGAUGAAAUUUUGGAGAAGUUGAAAAUGGAGAUCAUUGAGCAGAGGGCAGUCCUCCAGCAAGAGAUCCAGGAUCUCAAGCUUCAACUCGAGCAAGUUGAGCUGCAAAAAAACGAGCAGAUGACCAGACUACAACAGCAUAUUUCCGCUUGCGAACAACAAGUUGAAAAUCUAAAGGAAAUUAAGAAAGAAAAGGAAGACCUUCUCUGCCAAACUGAAGAAAAGGUAAAAGAUCUUGAGACAAAGUUAUCUGCUGCCAAUUCUCUCUUGGCUGAUAAAGACCAACAAAUUAACUGUCUCAGAGAGGAAGUUGACAUUCUUACAGAUAAAACCAAAAGUUACAAAAAUGAAAUUCAAGCCAAAGAAGAAAUGCUUGCCACAUUACUUCUGGAGAAAUCUAAUGAGCAAGAAAUGUUUCAUAUUAAGAUCCAGGCCUUAACAGUCCAAGUGGAAGACCUCAGCUUAUCUCUUAAACAGGCUGAGCAGGAAAUUCACAUCAAACAAGACCUAAUGGCUAAAACCCAACAAGAAAAUAUUCAACAAAGGGAGGCACUUCAACAGCAGAUUGCAACACGUGGAGAGGAGAUUCAGAAGUUAAAUAAAGAGAUACAAGUAAAAAAUGAGGAGCUUGUUAUUCUAAAAAAUGACAGUUCUCGACAGUCUGAAUUACUGGAGCAAGAGAUCAGAGAUCUGAAGGGCCAACUAGAAAGUCUGAAUGACUCUCUCAGAAAGGCAGAGCAACAAGUUCAGGCUCAAGAGGUUAUGCUUACAAAUCAGGAGCAAGAAAGUGCUCAUCAGGCAGAGCUCCUGCAGCAACAACUGUCUGUCUCUGAAGAAAGGGUUAAAGGCAUGAAGGAGGAGAUCCAGACUAAAGAGGAGCAGAUGAGCAUGUUGAAAAAACAAAGUUCAGAGCAGUCAGAACUACUCCAUCAACAGAUCCAAGAUUUAAAUACACAAGUUGAUGGUCUGAGUUCCUCACUGAAGAACGCUGAGGAGAAUUUGCAAUUCAAGGAAAAUCUGUUUGCUGAGCAGCAUCUACAGAGCACUCAGGAAAUGGAGGCACUCCAGACACGGAUGGUAGCAUCUGAAGAUGAGGUAAAGAGGCUGCGUGCAGAGAUUCAUGACAAGGAGGAGCAGUUAGCCCUGCUGAAGACUGAGACAUCUUCUCACUCAGAAUUGCUACAGCAGGAGAUCGAAAGUCUCAAUAAUAGAAUCAAAAGUAUGAGCAGUUCUUUCGAGAUCGCCAAGAACCAGGUUCAAGCCAAAGAAGAAGCAAUGGCUAAGCAGGAGGAGGAGAGCAAAUUACAGAUUGAGGAGCUUCGAAAGCACACUGCAGUUCUUGAGGGGGAUGUUAAUCGACUGAGGGAGGAGAUUCAAACUAAAGAGGUUGAGGUAAACAUAUUGAAGGUUGAGAACUCCGAGGAGACAGAAAUGCUACAAAGUGACAUCCAAACUCUUAGGGACCAAGUGCAAAGUUUGAAAGAAUCCCUGAAGACUACAACAGACCAGAUUCAGGCGAAAGAAACCCUGCUGUCUCAGAAGGAAAUGGAAAUUUCUCAGGAAAAACAUCAAUUUCAAAACUUGAUGACCACCUCAGAAGGGGAGAUGAGACAGCUGAGGGAGCAGAUCCAGGCUAAAGAGGAACAGCUGGUCACUCUACAGAAAGAGGGCUCCCUACAUUCUGACAAGCUACAGCAAGAUAUUACAUGUCUUGAAACGAAACUGGCUAAUAUGGGUGACUCUCUUGCAAAAGCUGAGGAGAGGGUUCAGACUCAGCAAGUUAUGCUUGCCAAACAGGAGCAGGAGAGCGCUCAACAGAAGGAGCUGCUGCAGCAACAGCUGUCAGCCUCUGGGGAGGAGGUGAAGAAGUUGAAAGAAGAGAUCCAAGCUAAAGAGGAGCAGUUGGUACUCCUACAGUCUGACAGCUCAGAGCAGUCAAAACUACUCCAUCAACAGAUCCAAGAUUUAAAGACACAAGUUGACGGUCUUACUUCCUCACUGAAGAUCGCUGAGGAGUAUUUGCAAUCCAGGGAAAAUCUGUUUGCUGAGCAGCAUCUACAGAGAACUCAGGAAAUGGAGGCACUCCAGACACGGAUGGUAGCAUCUGAAGAUGAGGUAAAGAGGCUGCAUGCAGAGAUUCAAGACAAGGAGGAGCAGUUAGCCCUGCUGAAGACUGAGACAUCUUCUCACUCUGAGCUGCUACAGCAGGAGAUUGAAAGUCUGAACAAUCAAAUUAAAACUUUGAGCAAUUCUCUUGAAACUGCCAAGAACCAGGUUCAAGCCAAAGAAGAAGCAAUGACUAAGCAGGAGCAGGAGAGCACAGUGCAGAUUGAGGAACUUAGAAAGCACACUGCAGUUCUUGAGCAAGACGUUAAUCGGCUGAGGGAGUCAAUCCAAACUAAAGAAGAAGAGGUAAACAUGAUGAAGGCUGAGAACUGCAAGGAGACAGAAGUGCUACAAAAUGAGAUCCAAACACUCAGGGAUCAAGUACAAAGUGCAAAUGAAUCCCUGAAGACAACAACAGACCAGCUUCAGGCUAAAGAAGACCUGCUCACCCAACAGGAGCAGGAGAGCACCCAACAGAAAGAGCUGCUGCAGCAACAGCUGUUAGCUUCUGAGGAAGAGGUGAGAAAGGUAAAAGAGGAGAUCCGAGCUAAAGAGGAACAGUUGAUACUGCUCAAGACUGACGGCUCGCAGCAGUCAGAACUACUAUAUCAACAGAUCCAAGAUUUAAAGACACAAGUUGACAGUCUUACUUCCUCACUAAAGAACGCUGAGGAGAAUUUACAAUCUAAGGAAAAUCUGUUUGCUGUGCAGCUUCUACAAAGCACUCAGGAAAUGGAGGCACUCCAGACACGGAUGGUAGCAUCUGAAGAUGAGGUGAAGAGGCUGCAUGCAGAGAUUCAUGACAAGGAGGAGCAUUUAGCCCUGCUGAAGACGGAGACAUCUUCUCACUCUGAGCUGCUAAAGCAGGAGAUUGAAAGUCUGAACAAUCAAAUUAAAUCUUUGAGCAAUUCUCUUGAAACUGCCAAGAACCAGGUUCAAGCCAAAGAAGAUCUGAUGACUAAGCAGGAGCAGGAGAGCACAGUGCAGAUUGAGGAACUUAGAAAGCACACUGCAGUUGUUGAACAAGACGUUAAUCGGCUGAGGGGGUUAAUCCAAACUAAAGAAGAAGAGGUAAACAUGAUGAAGGUUGAGAACUGCAAGGAGACAGAAGUGCUACAAAAUGAGAUCCAAACACUCAGGGAUCAAGUACAAAGUGCGAAUGAAUCCCUCAGGACUACAACAGACCAGCUUCAGGCUAAAGAAGACCUGCUCGCCCAACAGGAGCAGGAGAGCACCCAACAGAAAGAGCUGCUGCAGCAACAGCUGUCAGCUUCUGAGGAAGAGGUGAGAAAGGUAAAAGAGGAGAUCCGAGCUAAAGAGGAACAGUUGAUAUUGCUGAAGACUGACAGCACAGAGCAGUCAGCUUCACUACAUAAAGAGAUCCACAGUUUAAAGACACAAAUGGAGACUCUUGGCUCCUCACUGAGGAGGGCUGAGGAGAAUGUACAGUGCAAGGAAAACCUGUUAGCUGAACAGCAACAAGUAAAUACUCAACAAAGGAUGGAGCUCCAAAGCCUACAGGAAGAGGUCAAACAAGUAGAGAUUCUGCAGAAACAGAUUUAUUCGCAUGAAGAAGAGAUUCAAAAGCUUAAAGAAUCUCAGAGUGAGAAAGAGUGUCUCAUUCUCAAGGCUGAGGAGAAGCUUCAGUGCCUCCAAGCUGAGUUGUCUUCCUUCAACACACUUGUCGCUGAUAAAGACCAAAAUCUGAACACCCUAAGAGAGGAGGUCGCAGCCCAAGCUAACUUGGUUCAAAAAGCAAAAGAGGAAGCCAAAGCCAAUGAGAAGAUGUUUGCUGAGACAAAGGAGGAGAGCUCCAAACAGACAGAUGUUCUUCAACGUCAGAUCAUGGAUCUGAAAAGAGAGGUGGAAACCAUUUCUCAGAAUCUUCUGGCUAAAGAGCAGAUUCUGCUUCAAACUAGACAGGAGUCUGCUCAACAGAUGGAUCUCCUCCAGCAGCAGCUUGUCUCAGUAAACACAGACACACAAGCUGCACAAGAGUUGCAGGUUUCCACUUUAAGGGAAAAGGAGGCUCUUGUUCAGGAAAAAGAAGUGCUGAUGGCCCGAAUACUCCAGGUGGAAAUGGACCAAAAAGCUCUGGAGAAACAACUUGAAGCUCUUGUCUUUGAGAGGGACAGACUUUCUCAAGCCAAGCAGGCCAUAGAGAGGGAAAACAUAGCCUCCAAUAAAUUGGAAUCUCUGCUACAGCAGGAGUUGGAAAUAUUGAAAAUGGAGAGAGACAAACUCUUGAAAGAGAGAGAAAAGGCUGAACAAAUUGAGUCUAUUAAGAGAGACCUGCAGGAACAGCUCUCAGCUAAAUCGGAGGUUGCAGAUCACUACAAGGCACAGAUGGAGAAGGCAGUGAGUCAUUACAAUAGCAAGAAGCAGCUUCUGCAGGAAAGCCAGGAGGAGUUGGCUGAAAUCAAGCAAAUCUUGGAGGGUAAAGAGCGCGAUGUGAAGGCUCUUGACAUGAAGAACACGAUGCUUCAGAUGGAUUUGGAUAAGGCUCAGACCAAUGAGAAGAAACUUGUGAGAAUGGUGGCCAGUUUGGAGGCACAGCUGGCCUUUGCUGACCGCAACCUGCGGCAACAGAACAAGAUUCAUGGUAGUGAAAGAACUUCAACAGAGUCAUGUUAUUUGGAGGUUCCCACCAACCAACAACCACAACCAAGCAUUCACACUAAAUUACAAGCGCAAGCAAAGCGGACCGUCAGCUCUGACAGCUUGGACCAGAGCUCUCUGGAGGACUCCCUGAACACUACCAGGACACUAUUAGUGCCUGAUGAAUCAAGCACACCACUUGUUCGCAGUUCAGAGCGCUUGGCAGCCAAACGCCGGGGUCUGCAUCACGAGUCACUGGAGACCCUUUACUUCACACCGAUAAGCAACAGGACCAAUAAAGAACACAAACUGGAACCGGACUCAGCCUGCAGAAAUCCAACCUCAUCUGUCAAACGACGCAGGACCACGCAGGUUAUUAACAUCACCAUGACCAAGAAAACCCCAGGCGGCUGUGAAGAUGACGAGACUUUCUACAGCCUGGCCUCAGCUCGCUCCCAGCCAAACCUCUCCAGUGCCCACUCCGCUCGACCCGUGUCUAUGGAGCUGUUUGAAACCCCUGCCAGAAAGACUGGCACUGCCAGCGACCAGCUCAUUGGUCUUCCAGGGUACAGACGGAGCACAAUCCAUUCACAACCUACUAGUACGUUGUGCGUUGGGGCAGAGAACGAGCCAGACGGAGCGCCUGACGACUGGCUAAGGAUUGCUGAGCUUCAGGCCCGGAACAAGGCCUGUCUUCCUCAUCUCAAGAGCAGCUACCCUGCAGAGUUUGAUACCGGCUGCAAAAGUGCUUUCACGUUCACAGACGAAGAACUGCGCACAGGUGACCCAUCCGACACAAUUCGUCGGGCGUCCAUGAUGCCCGGCCAGCUUCAGGACUCUCUCACAUCCCAUCGGCUCUCCUUCAUGAUGGGUGCUGCAGCCAGUACUCGCUCUCAUCGUCUGUCUUUGAUGCCGGGCCAGCUGCCAUCAAAAUCUGUCAGUGCUUCUCAGCUGAGAAGCCCGAAAGGCACAAAGCGAUCUUCAUCUACGCUGUCAGUGCAUCAAACUUCGCCUGAGAAAAAAGUCAAGGCUUCUUGCUUCCCUCGUCCACUAACUCCCAAAAACAAGAACGUGAUGAAUGGACCUUCCAGCUCUCAGCUUCGACCUGCACUCAGUCCAGUUGAUCGGAGGCAAUCUAUGGUGUUCACUAUUGAAAAUACCCCCAAAAGCAGCAACUACUUAAAGAAAGGUCUGAACAAACUACGCAGCUCCACCCGCAAAUCUCCAGGCAAAACUUCAAAGAAGUCGCCUGCUCAGACAUCUGCACGCAAGUACCAGGAAAACGUGCCUUCAGGAAAUUCUCGCGCUGCAGUGGGGCGGGCUGGCAGAAUCGGCAGCUCCAAGUCACCUCAGGUGGCAACUAAAGGACAGGGUAAAACUCAACGAGGCGCCAACAGCACUGCAAAGUCUCCUGGAUUGACAGCUAGUGCUCGCAAGAAGCGUGCGACUAUCAAGGAAGAAAAUUGCUGAAAGUCUUAGAAGAUGAUGAACAGGAUGAAGGUGUGAGGACUGGCUCCCAAAUACAACUUCAUUAUGAUUGUCUACUUGUUCUUAUUUUUAUUUUUUUCUUCUCUUUUCACAAACUGAUAUUCGUUUUUAUUUUUUGUCCUUAAGGACUUUUUCAAAUCUUGUCCAAAUAAACCUUUAUUUCUUUAUUUGCUUUGUAUUAUAUUUACUUGUUUGUUAAUAAAAACAUUUAAAUGACA